CUCAAACAUGUAAUUGACUGGUGAUUCAAAUAGUAGGCCAUUCAAGUAUUAUAGUGUGAGGAAAGAAUAACGUUGAUCGUUCAUGGGACUGAAUUUGUAUAAUGAAUUCUCAAAAAGUGGAGUGCCCAGAAGAACAGUUAUGGAAGGCAGCGUUGAAUGAUAAUGAAACAGUUAUUACAAUGUACGAUGGAGAUAUUAAUGCUGAAACACCUCUUGGAAACACAGCACUUCAUAUAGCUGCAUCAGGAGGAUGCUUGAAUGCAGUUAAGGCAUUGUUGAAUAGAGGUGUGAAGGUAGACUGCAUUGAUAAGGAUUCACUCACUCCUCUCUUUAAAGCAGUGAAAGGAGGAAAUCAAGAAAUCGCCUGUCAUUUGUUAUACAAAGGAGCAGACUUCUCCAUUUUGGACUCAGAAGGAGCAACACUCCUUCAUCAUGCAGCACACAAGGGCAUGACUAAGUUUCUGCAACAGCUGUUAGAGAAACAAAAAGUAGAUCCAUUAUCUAAAGACAGUUCUGGUCAACUGCCGCUCCAUAUGGCAUGUUCAGGAGGCCAUGUUGAUAUCGUAAAAAUACUGCUUGCAUGUAAUGGUGGUCAGGUUGACUGCAUAGCUGAUGAGAGUAAAUAUACUCCACUUCAUGAAGCUGCUUUUUGGGGGAGAAAAAAGGUUGUCAAGUUUCUGUUGGAAAAUCACGCAUCUAUUAAUGCUAAGACAGCACUUAAUCAAACUCCUUUGACAUUGGCAAAAAUAUGUGGACACACUUAUGUUUCUGAACUUAUUAGAUCAAGAGGUGGUAUUUUAGAAGGUGAAUCUAAUACUUUAUCUUAAUACCCGCAUUGUUUGAAAUAUAAUUUUUUAUGCAAACCAAAUUUAAAUAAAUUUGUACACUAUUUCUAAAAUAAAAUAAAAAACAUUCAAAUGUUUUAAAAAUAAAACAAAAUACUGUUUUUUUUUUAAUUAUUAUUUAAAUUAUUUGCUACAUUGAGGUUUUUUUUUCUGUCUUCAGUAAUUUCUAUUUCAAUUUAAGCAAAGAGGUCAUAGAUAAUUAAAUCAUUGAAAUAACCAAAACCAUGUGAAAAAUAAAAAAUGCAACAAGAGAACUUCAAGAAUCAGGAAGCCUCUACUUUUAAUUUCAAAUUUAUGGAAAUAAUGAGUGUUAGAUUAAAAAAAAAUCUGUUGUU